AUGACCACGGCUCAGCGCAAAGCAAAAGCACCGCGAAUUUGGAUAUUCCACCUCCGCCGAGCUUAUUACAUUCGCCUCACCGCACCACUCACCACAGAUGUCGGAAUAUGGACCAUUUGGGUUCUAUCCCUCACCCCUGAUAGACGGGUAUGCGACGCACGGUAUGCCGGUACCGCCUCCCUACGUCUCAUAGCAACUUUCGGUGGGAUCACAGCCUCCGAGCGAAAUGAGAACCUCCGUCUUACCCCCUUCCAGCAUGUCCCGGAUUCAAAAAGCAUUUACAAGAAGGCCAACGCAACGUAG